AUGAACGACUCCUCCGGGCGAGAGAUUAUCACUCUCCAGGUCGGGCGAUACGCGAAUUUCGUGGGGACACAUUUCUGGAACUUCCAGGACGAGCUCUUGCUGCUGGCGAGCCGGGGGGGCGUAGUGGAUACCCCGUACGAGCAUGGCGUGUUGCACCGCCAGGCGGCCGAGCGGUCUCGCGGAGGAGGCGGCGGUGGAAGUGGGGAGCGGACGCCAAGGCUGGUGGCCUUCGACACGAGGGAUGCCCUCGGGUCCUUGAAUCCAUUGGGUCUGGUGGGCGGGGGAGGGGCGCGCUCAACGGCGACAGCGGAGGUGGCGCAACCUUCAUGGGCGGGUGGGGUAUCGGUGUUCCGACAGCCGUCCCUUGAAAGAAAUGCCCUUCAUGAGUACCUCGACAACGAAGAUGCCGCUGCCAACGCCGUCGCCGCUGGAGGGGGCUCCGCAACAGAGGGGGGGUGGUGGGGUGGGGGUGUAAGCAGUGAAAAGGAGGAGGACGAGGACAAGGACGAGGAGAUGGAGGAGGCGAGGGCCACGGGUGACGUCACUCGGUUGACGAAGCACCCCUUCGGCCUUGACGACACGGUCACGUCAUGGCCUGACUUUCUCAAGUCACGGCUGCAUCCGAGGGCGUUGCAAGAGCUCCCCUUCCGAGAUGAAUCGAGCGAUUUCGGUCUCUAUGCCUCCGGAGGGGGGGGCGGGGGUGGCAGCAGAAGCAGCGCUCUGGGCGAAAGUGACCGGGAGCAAUUCUCGGACGCCCUCAGGCAGCAGCUGGAGGAGUGUGACGCUGCCCAGGGCACGCAGACUUUGGUGGACCUAGAGGGCGGCUGGUCCGGCCUAGGCUCGGCGCUGGCUCUUGAGCUCCAGGAGGAGUGUCGCAACCGCCCAAGGGUCUGCUACUCGCUUCUAAGACAAAAAUAUGCUCCUGCUGGACCCGGCUGCCACGCGCCUGGCGCGAUGGUGACGGCGGCGGCGGUUGGGGCGGGGGGGGCGGCGCGAUCGGCCGUCAACCUAGCGUUGGGUUUGCAUGGUUUGAACGAGGCGUUCUCGUUAUCCUUCGUGCUUGACGAGGAGGCGUGUAACGCAGAGACUUCGCCACAUAUGGCCAUCGAUCCCAGUAACGCUUACCACACCAGCGCAGUCCUCGGAGCCGCGAUAGACGUCGCCACAUCCCCAAUGCGUUUCUCCUCUACGGGUCUCGAUGCUUGGGCUAGCGGCCGCGGCGGCGGUGUCGGAGGCGUCCCUAUUGCGGGAGGCGGGGGUGCUUUCGGGGACGGGGGACGAGCUCCCCCCCCAGGCGCCGACAUGACUCUCGCUACUCUUUCGGCGUGGCUCCCGCUACCCCACCCCGAUGCCUCCGCCGAAACCCUGUCGCGGCUGCUCUCCGAGCACGCCGCUUCUUCUCGAGACGCUGGCAGCAGCGAUGAACCUUCUGUGGCGCCGUCGGCUUCGAAGAUGGUGUCCCUGGGUCCAGUCGCGAGAAGACAUCGCGGAAACCUUCGCCGGGGAAGGGGGAAGUUGCUGGUGCCGCCGUCUGCCGCGGGGGGGGAGCGUGUUUCCAGGGUUUACUCCAGGAAGACCGUCUUGAGAGGGUGCACUGCCCCUCGAGAUAAGCAGCUUCACGCCCUUGAAGAGGUCCUUGGCCGCUCUACGGUGGGGUCCGGCUGUUGCUACUCGGUAUCCACCCCCCUCCCGAUCCCGAUCACGUACCCCCUCAUCUUCCGUGAGUCGUUGGGCCUUAGGGGCGAACUUAUGCCGUCGGCAGGGGCAUCACGAGCUGCUGAGUCGACUUCGGGUGGGGCCAGCGGUAAGGGAGGAGGCGGAAGAGGCGCGAUCACUUCAGGAGAACUGCGGGUCAUGUGCGACCAGAUUUCUGGGGUAGCGUGUGCCGAGCGGGAUUCUCGCAUGGGGAGCUUCAUCUCGCAGGUUGCGGUAGGGUUGGACGUGAGGCGAGGGGGCGUACUGCUCGAGCUAGAGAAGAAUGACAUGCAUAAGGACGACGCCAUCGAAGUGUUGGAGAACCUGACUACUUUGGCGGAGAGCUACGGCUACUCCAAAGACGGAGACGAAGAGGAGGACACGCGUUAGAGUUGGUUAUUACGUUGUAGGCGUGCUUUGUUGCCGAUGAUUACUUCCUGAUAGGGCCGUCGCCAGGGAAGAGGGGGUGGAGAGAGGAGGAGAGUUAUCCCAAACCACAGCGGCUCUCCGCUUGCCUUUUCCCGGCAGAUGCAUGAGAGCCGACCGUUGAUCGUAUCGAGGCUUGGUGCGGCAACCGUCGGGGGAAGGAUACCUAUUCCCUUACCUGCCGCUGGUGCUUAGUUUUACACCUUUUCGAGACCGGCGGGGCUCACUGCGGUUGUGGCGAUGAAAGUAUUGAAGCUUGCUGUUAGCGACUUAGCUGCCAGUCAUCUACUGUAGAUUCCCUGAUGCACUGCUGCUGUUGUCGGAGUGGUAUCGCGACGGGGUUGAUUUCGAGGAAAUCGUUUAGAAGAAUGCACGACCGUCCGGGUUUCUGUUACGUAUCGGAUGCUGCGACAAUGUCGUUUGCUCGGCGUGAAGACGUACGCAUUCCCCAUCCAAAAAAAAACUCGAUUGGUGUAGCUCAGGAGUGUGAGGCAGAGGUGAGACGGAGGAGGAUCUGACUCCCUGGCUCACAGCACACCGUACUUCCUGGAGGUGGAAAAGACGAGAACAUGACCGGCUUGGCUUGGCGGGUAGUCCUUAUGAUGAAACGGCCGCGAGACUUGUAGAGAUCCAGGUAAUGAUUUCCCUCCAACAUCUGUGCUGCGGGGGAUGGGCAGAUCCAUAUGGCGUUGAGCUAAUAUAUUGAGCCUAGGUGGACCAUG